AUGAUAUCAGAAAAUGGUCACCUUACGUUCUCCGCUAGCUACAACAAAGACAUUCGCUUCACAACCUCAGGGACGGGAAAUGUAAAGGUGGGGGCCGAGGACCUUAUCCAGCAGAUAAAUCAGAUCAAAAUGAACAAAGAUGACAUCAAUACCAUAAAGAAUAGUGGCCCGUCUCCGGAUAUUACAGACCAGCUCAAUCAGCUCAACACCAGAGUGACAACACUUGAGACAAAAGUUCAGACAACUGAACAGACAGUACAGAGGAAGACGUGCAGCAGCAAUCCAUGUCAGAACGCAGGAACCUGCUUGAACUUGUUAGACACCUUUCAUUGCCUCUGUCCUGACAACUGGCAGGGUCCCACAUGUGCAGUGGAUGUGAAUGAGUGUCAGGUGUUAGCAAGAACUCCGCUGGGCUGUCAGAACGGGGCCACAUGUGUGAACACACUCGGAUCUUACACUUGUUCCUGUACUCCAGAAUGGUACGGUCCACACUGUACAUCUCGCUAUGAUGACUAUGCAGGUGGAAGUCAGGAUCUGUGUGUUCACGGCGUGUGCAUCGAUUCAGACAGAGUCGAUCCCAAUGAGCCCAAGUAUAAGUGUAUCUGUGAUGCUGGCUGGAUGUCUCCACUCGGAGAGUCAGCGUGCACGGCUGAUGUUGUUGAGUGCAGCCUCCCGAACAAACCUUGCUCCACAAACCCCCCUGUGCAGUGCUUCAACACUCUGGGCUCGUUCUACUGCGGCGCUUGCCCUGCAGGAUGGCAGGGUAACGGUUACAGCUGCCAGGAUAUCGAUGAAUGUGCCACAAACAAUGGAGGCUGUUCGACUUCCCCCUUGGUGCCUUGUCUCAACACCAUGGGCUCCUUCCACUGCGGCCAGUGUCCUCCAGGUUUAGCUCUCAUCCUGAUUCUCAUUAUGUGGAUUACCUUCCCUUUCUUUGACAUCGAGAACAGUGCCUCCUGCAACUUCGAUUUCCUGCAGGUCCAUGAUGGCGAGAGCGCAUCAGCUUACAUGAUUGGAAAAUACUGCGGCACUGCCGCCCCAGCCGAACUCUUCAGCUCCCACAAUUCUCUGUACUUCUGGUUCCGCUCUGACCAUUCAGUCAGUGGUCGCAACUUCACAGUGGCCUGGCAAUCACAGGCACCAGUGUGUGGUGGGGAGUUGACCAAUACAUACGGUGACAUCAAGUCACCCGGGUACCCAGGUAACUAUCCACCUAACCGGGACUGCUAUUGGACAGUGAAUGUGAACCCUGGUCUGCUCAUCACAUUUGCUUUUGGCACCCUCAGUCUGGAGCACCAUGAUAACUGUAACUUUGACUACCUGGAGAUCAGAGACGGACUGCUCCCAGAAGACUCAGUUCUUGGAAAAUACUGCAGUACAGCAUCGCCACCACCUCUACAGACGACGGGACCAUCUGCCUGGAUCCACUUUCACUCUGAUUUCAGCAUCAGCGUUCGGGGAUUUCACAUUACAUACACUACUUCACCAUCUGACCCGGGCUGCGGAGGCGUCUUUACAGACACAGAAGGCAUCAUCAUCUCUCCUAACUGGCCUAAUAACUAUGCUCACAACAGGCAGUACAUUUAUAUCAUCAGAAUGCCACGUAGUGAGCUAGUGGCUCUCAACUUCACCCACAUGGACCUGGAGACUCAUAGGGCUAUUCGAGAUGGGACGGGUGAGACCGACCCGCUCAUUGGGAAGUACUGUGGCACCACCCUGCCAGCACCAAUAUUGUCCACCACUAAUGGACUCUGGAUCCGUUUCAAGUCUGACAGCUCUGUGUUCAGGGCCAUGUAUGAAAUUGCUUGUGGAGGAACUCUCUCUGGAACCGGACAGAUUCGCACUCCCCUGCACCCCGACCCCUACCCCCACAACAAAGUGUGCGAGUGGGUCAUUAACCAACCUGAGGGCUAUGUGGUCACUUUCGACUUCCUCACCUUUGACGUCGAGGGAAGCAGCACAUGCGCCUUCGAUUAUGUAGAGGUGAGAGAUGGUCCCAGUGCAGACUCACCUCUGAUUGGUCGAUAUUGUGGAAUUAACAUGCCUCCCAUGCUGGAGUCCACCCAGAGGUCCAUGUUCAUCCGAUUCAAAACCGAUUCAUCUGUCUCUAACCAUGGUUUCCCUGCUGAGUUUGCAUCUGCAGAGCAAGCCCAGGACAUCCCACCGACUACCCUCAUGGAGCCAAUUGUACCUGGUACAUCUCCGUUGAGCCUGGCAGCCUCAUCCGUCUGUCAUUCACAACCUUCAACCGGAGUACAAAACAACUGCGCAUACGACUAUGUGGAAGUCUAUGAUAAUGGCACAGCACUGACUGGCACUCUUCUGGGCAGGUUCUGUGGGCGCUCCGUUCCUCCAUCUCUAACCAGCACUGAUAGUCUGAUGACCGUCCUGCUGGUCUCUGACUCCAGUCUGUCUGCGGAAGGCUUUUCUGCUGAUUAUGUCUCCAUCAAUGCAAGCACAGAUUGCAGUGAGGUAUUUAGGUCACCCACCGGGGAGUUCAGCUCACCCAACUACCCCGACAAUUACCCCAACAAUCGGGAGUGUGUCUAUAAAAUCAUAGUGGAAGUCAACAUGCAGAUCAUGCUGAAUGUCACAGAUUUUGAGCUGGAGGGGUUAAGUUCCUGCGGUUUUGACUAUUUAGAGAUCAGAGAUGGAGGCUAUGAAACAUCCCCCCUCAUUGGUAAAUAUUGUGGAACAAAUGGUCCACCCAUCAUAGUGUCACAUAGCAACAGGCUGUGGCUGAAGUUCAGAUCCGACCACUCACUCACCUACAGGGGAUUCAGAGCCCACUGGGAUGGCACACAGACAGGUUGCGGUGGGAUAUUGACCACAAGCGUUGGAGGUUUCACCUCUCCCAACUACCCUCUGCCCUAUCACGCCAACGCCGAAUGCUACUGGCACAUCAAAACCAGUGCAGGAAGCACAGUGGAGCUCAGCUUUGGAGACUUUCACCUGGAGAACAGCAUGAACUGCUUCUAUGACUACUUGGUGGUGUAUGAUGGCGACAGCACCAGUGCUCCUCAGAUGGCUAAGCUGUGUGGUAAUGAAAUUCCUGCCCCCAUCAGUUCCUCCCGACAGAACAUGUACGUGAAGCUACGUACAGACAGCAUCAUCCACACAGGCGGAUUUAUGGCUACCUACCAAACCAUUUGCCAAGGUGUGCUGAUCGCCAAUCGGAGCCGGGGAAAGAUUGAGAGCUUGAACUUCCCCAAUGACUAUCCAUCUCGUGCUGACUGCAGCUGGACCAUCCAGGCCUCCAUGGGCAACACUAUCAACUACACUUUUAUAACCUUUGAGGUGGAGGACCACAUCGGAUGUGCCUAUGACUAUGUGAAGCUCUAUGACGGUCCAAAUGAUCAGGCUGCUCUGAUUGGCACGUUCUGUGGGAACACACCUCCUCCAGCCAGUACCACCACCGGUACCAGCCUCCACAUUGUGUUCUGCUCCGACAUGUCUGUCUCAUACAGAGGCUUUCAGAUGGACUGGUACCAGAAUGGUUGUGGUGGGGAACUCAUUCGGCCCACUGGUGCUUUUACCAGCCCAGGAUAUCCGGACAAAUACCCAGCAAACCGUGAGUGUAUCUGGCACAUCCAAACAAGCCCUGGAAGUAGCAUUUCCAUUACCAUCCUUCAGUUUGAUGUGGAGUAUCAUCCUGACUGCAACUAUGACAAGCUGGAGGUGUAUGGAGGGCCUGACCUCUCCUCCCCACGAUUGGCCCAGCUCUGAAACACACGCCCUCCCAAUAACCCUCUGCAGGUGGCCAGCACAGGUAACGCUGUUACCGUUCGAUUCACAUCUAAUGCCGUCGUGAGUGGCAGAGGCUUCAGCGCAACCUGGCUAGAGGUUCCUGGAGGAUGUGGAGGGAUUGUCACGGCCCCCAGUGGAGAGAUCCACUCUCCACAGUAUCCUAGCAACUAUUCUGACAAUGUUGACUGUUCCUGGGUCAUCACAGUGGAUGUAGGGCAUUGAGUCUUCUUCAACUUCACUGAUCUGGAUGUUGAAAGUCACAGCUCGUGCGGUUUUGAUUACGUGGCUAUCCAUGAUGGUCCACAUGAGUCUUCUCCACUCCUGGGUAAAUUUUGUGGAGUAUCCAGGCCUUCUCCCAUUAUGUCCACAACAAACGUCAUCUAUGUUCGCUUCAGGUUUGAUCACAGUGAGAACCAUAAAGGCUUCAGUGCCCAGUUCUCAGAAGCAUGUGGAUCCACUAUAACAGCUGAUGAUGUGGGUGGGGAGAUUGCAUCUCCUCGCUAUCCAUACUCUUACCCACCCAAUCAGAACUGUAGCUGGAUCAUACGGGCACAGGAGCCAUUUAAUCAUGUGACUUUGUCCUUCACCGACUUUGAGGUUGAGAUGGUGUAUAGUAACUGCUCUCAUGAUAGUGUGGAGGUUCUGGAUGGAGACAAUUACCAAGCCCCAUCUGUUGGUCGUUACUGUGGGAAUGAGUUGCCACACCCAGUCACUUCAUUCAGCAAUGCCCUGGUGGUAAACUUCAUCUCAGAUGCUUCAGUAGGGAGGAAAGGUUUUAGAGCAACCUACAUGGCCUCAACCUCAGGCUGUGGGGGACAUCUGUAUAUGGAGUCAGGUGCUUUUAACAGUCCAAACUAUCCUGAUGUAUACCCACCUAAUGUGGAGUGUGUGUGGACCAUCACUAGUUCCCCUGGGAACCGUCUACAACUAUCUUUCAUAAUGUUCCAGCUGCAACAAAGUUCAGACUGCAGUAAUGACUACCUAGAGGUUCGUGAGGGACACUCCACUGGUACUCUGGACGGUCGUUUCUGUGGUGAUUCCCUUCCUUCCAACUACACCUCUAUAAUGGGCCACAUUCUUUGGAUCCAGUUUGUCUCUGACUCCUCAGUCAGCGGAGCUGGAUUUAGAGCAGUAUUCUCCCACUUGUAUGGAAAUGAGAUCACGGGCAGCUCGGGACAGAUAACCUCCCCUCUUUACCCACGCACCUACCCAAACAAUGCUGACUACCACUGGACUGUCACAGUGGACUCAGAUUCCCACAUCCAGAUUCAGUUCCUGGACAUUGACAUUGAGGAUCUCUUCAAUUGCUAUUAUGACAAGCUCAAGAUAUAUGAUGGUCCGAGCACCAAUGCUUUCCUACUGGGUGAGUUCUGCGGCCUGACUUUGCCCAACCCAGUAAGAAGUUCAGGCAGCACUAUAACGCUUGAGUUUAAAUCUGACACUGUGAUUGGAGGGAAAGGUGACAUCAACUUGUCUCCACUGAUUGCAAGUGUUUGUGGGCGGCAGCUGCCUGGCUCUCUGCACUCUACUGGUGAUGCCAUGUUCCUUCGAUUCACCUCUGAUGGCAGCAUUAAUGGCAGGGGCUUUAAUGCCACCUUUUCCAGAGGUUGCGGUGGUUUCCUCCAUACAGACAGAGGGGUUCUAAGUGAACUGCAACUGGGUUAUGGCAAUCAAUGCAGCACAGGUACACUACUUGGAGGGCGUCUCUGUGGGUACAGCGCUCCAUCCACAUUUCAGACCACAGACACCAGCCUCUAUGCCCAUUUUGUCUCUGAUGGCUCCAAUGAGGGGAAUGGCUUCAAACUGGUAUUUGAGGCCCACAGUUUAGUAAAUCUAUGUUUGUCUCCAGCUUGUGGUGGUUUCAUUGAGCUUAAUGAUGGAGAUCCACUAGGUUACAUCACGUCUCCUAACUAUCCAUCAAACUACCCCCAAAAUAUCGACUGUGUAUGGAUAAUCACUGUUCCCAAUGGGGAGACUGUACAACUUGACUUUGAAGGUGAUUUCUACAUUGAGGCUCAUACCGGAUGUAUGUAUGACUACAUCGAGGUCUGUGAUGGUCCCACAUCAGAUGCUACUUUGAUGGGAAGACUUUGUGGCAACACCCGUCCAUCUACACAGCAUUCAUCCGGCACCACUAUGUAUAUACGAUUCCGAACUGACGGCAGCAUCACACAUAUUGGUUUUAAAGCCAAGUACUCCAUUGCUACAUGUGGAGGUACCCUCAUUGGCCAGAGUGGUAUCAUUAGAAGCCCCUUUUAUCCAGACUCAAAUUAUCCAGACAACUCUAACUGUGAAUGGUACCUGGAAGGUCCCACUGGACACUACCUGACCCUCACCUAUACCACCCUUGACCUGCAGAGCUCUUCCAAUUGUAACAAUGACUAUGUGGAGAUACGAGAAUACAAUGCUUCAGGUCGCUUGCUGGAGAAACACUGGAACAGCCUUCCUGCUCCCCUGGACACUGGAGAAAGUUUUGCCUAUGUAAAGUUUGUCAGUGAUGGCAGCGGGAAUGCUGCAGGGUUUAGUUUAUCCUUUGAAGCCAGCGUUGAAGAGUGUGGAGGGGAUCUGAACGCACCAUUCGGGACGAUAUCAUCUCCCAACUACCCCAAUCUGUACCCCCACAGCCGAGUAUGCCGCUGGAGAAUCACUGUUCCUCCGGGUCGUAGGGUCACUCUUACGAUCAAUGACCUGAGGCUGGAGGAGCACGGCACCUGUAUGUUUGACUAUGUGGAGGUCAUAAAUGGUCUGACACCCAGUGCCCCACAUUUGGGUCGGUUAUGUGGGACAGUCCCUGCUGGUACCCAGUUGAAAUCUUCCGGGAAUACUAUGCUUGUAAUUUUCAGCACUGAUUCAUCUGUGUCUAAUGGUGGAUUCACGGCAGAUUACUCUUCAGAGGAGGCUGCAGUGUGUGGUGGGAUACUCAGUGAACCUGGAAACUUCACCUCGCCUGACUUUGGCAAUGGAAACUACAGCAACAACCUGAACUGUGAAUGGUUAAUCCACAACCCACAUCAUAUUAAUUCUUCCAUUGUGGUUAUUAUAGAUGAGCUCCAUCUAGAGCAUCACCAAACUUGUGAGUGGGACUGCUUGGAGUUCUGACUGGGAGAUAUGAAUGGAGAGCUCUUGGGUCGUUUAUGUGGUCAGUCCCCUCCUACAGUCCCCAUAGUAGUGUCCACCCCUGAACUCUGGGUUCACUUCCUGUCCAAUGAGGCUGUGGUUGAUCUGGGCUUCAAAGCCACAUAUUACUUUUCAGAAUGUGGAGGGUCACAAAGUGGAGAGGGAGGUGCCAUCUCUAGCCCUGGAUAUCCUAAUAACUACCCCAGCCCAAGCCGCUGUACUUGGCUUCUCGAGGCUCCGGUGGGCCACACUAUCAUUCUCACUUUUACAUACUUUGAAAUGGAGGAACACAGCCAGUGCACCUGGGACUCUGUAACAGUCUUCAAUGGAGCCUCACCAGGAUCCCCAGUUAUUGGUCAAUACUGUGGCCACAACUCUCCAGGAACUAUCCAAUCAGGCUCCAACAAGUUAGUUGUAUUGUUCCUUGCUGAUCAUACGGUGUCCAGAGGAGGAUUUACUGCCACCUGGUCAACGGACUCAUCAGGAUGUGUAGGAAUUAUCCAUGCUGAUACAGGCACCAUCAAAUCUCCCAAUUAUCCUCAGAAUUUCCCAGCCAAUACUGAAUGUUCCUGGACCAUCAUCGCCCAUGAUGGAAACCAUCUAGAGAUGGGCUUUGCCAGUGACUUCCAGAUCCCAGACUCGAGUGGACAGUGUCAAAACAGUUACAUCAAGGUGUGGUCUGACAACGUACAGAAUGAUAAGAAUCUCUUGGCCACUGGUUGUGGCACUACAGCCCCUGCUGCUGUCAUUGCACCCCGAAAUAUUAUUACAGCUAGUUUCCAGUCCUCAGCACCUGGCAAAGGCUUCUCUGCUGCAUUCUACACUCGUUGUGGGGCCAAUUUCACAGCCUCAACUGGCCGUGUCGUAUCUCCAAACUACCCAGACCACUACCCGGGAGGCUCCAACUGUAAUUACAUUAUUGAUGCAGGAGAUCAGACCGUGGUUGUGCUUACUUUUAAAACUUUCCAAUUAGAGGCACACUCCACAUGUGUCUCCUGCGGUGGCACGUUUGAUGGUACUUCUGGAUCAAUCAGCAGUCCAUCUCAUUCUAUCACCAACUACCAUCACAACAUCAACUGCACAUACCACAUAUAUGUUCGUGACAACCGUGUCAUCGAAGUACCCUCAUCCUCACCCACAUUCCCUUUGGUCGGCACAGAUCUCUGGUUCCGAAUUAGAACAGCAAUAAAAGUAAAAAUCUUUACAGCUCAAAUCCUGCUAGGCAUUCAUCAUGCCCGCUAUGUUCCACCAGAGAGACAGAUGCUCAGAGAGAAAAACCCCACUGAGAUCCUUACGAGCCACAUAUGGAAUAAAGGCAUUAACCUCACAUUCACAUACUUUGAGCUCGAGGGCCCCACUGGAUCCCUCUGCAGAUACGAUUAUGUCAAGAUCUAUGAUGGUGACAGUGCUAAUUAUCCACUGGUUGGCACAUUCUGUGGAGAUGUAGUACCCGCCCCCUUCGUAUCGGCCAGUAACUUCCUGACCAUGCACUUCAUCUCGGACGGCACCGUUCAACGCCAUGGCUUCAAUGCCACCUACAGCACAGUGGACAGUCUUUGUGGAGGAGCAUUCAAUGCCACAGCAUCAUCUCAGACCAUCACAUCCCCAUAUUACCCCAACGCCUACCCGCCGUUCACCUCUUGCCGCUGGGUGCUGGAUGCUCCUUCUCAGGAGGUGGUGAAAGUGUCUGUUCAGCAAUUUCACCUGGACUCCAGCCAGAGCUGCGCCAGCAAUUUCCUGGAGUUUAAGGACUUCCCUGUGGGAAAUUAUGGACAGGCUCAUAAGUUCUGUGGCAUAGACUCACAUGUUCUACAGUUAUGGCCGCACCAUGCACAUCACCUUCAAAUCAGAAGCCUUCAUGACUGGCAAUGGAUUCAGCCUCACAUAUCAGGUGGCAGGAAACAAAUAUCGCCCCGUUCAGAGCUUCUUCAAACCUUGUGUUUGUGAAGUUCUCAGCCCAGUCUGCCGUUCUUCCAUCUGGGCUCAGACUCACCUGGAGCAGCUGAGAAGAAAUUAAAAAAUAAAUAUUCACACAUAGGCAUGCACACAGAAACUUGUGAACAUACUUAGCAAUCAUGUCACAUAAA